UUCUCUCUCUCGGAAAAAAGCAAGCUGUGGAACAACUAAAAAGAUCUGUAAAAAAAAAAAAAAAAAAUCUCUCCCAAAAUCUCUCUCAAAAUCAAAUCAUCCGUUUUGUAAGUUAGGGUUUUGAUUGAAGAAAUGGGGAGCAGGUUGAAGGAAGAACAGAGAAAUGAAAAGAAUAUAAGGAAUCUAAUGAAACUCGCCGAGAAUCGGCGGUGUAUUAACUGCAAUAGUCUGGGACCUCAGUAUGUAUGCACAAACUUCUGGACAUUUGUUUGCACAACUUGCAGUGGCAUUCAUCGCGAGUUCACUCAUAGGGUAAAAUCUGUAUCUAUGGCCAAGUUUACUACGCAAGAAGUUAGUGCACUUCAAGGAGGAGGAAAUGCGAGUGCUAAGGAAAUUUAUUUUAAAGAAUGGGAUGCACAACGCCAGUCCUUCCCUGACAGCAGUAAUGUUGAGAGACUUCGGGACUUCAUCAAGCAUGUUUAUGUGGAUAGAAGAUACUCUGGUGAGAGAAGUUUUGACAAGCCUCCAAGAGCGAAAUCGGGGGAAACCGAAGAUACAUAUUUUGGCGGUUCCAGAAGCCCACCCUAUGAAAAUGAACGUCGUUAUAGCGACAGACCUAGUCCUGGUGGAAGAAGUGAUGGAAGUUCGAGAAAUAGCUACGAUGAAAGACGUAGUCCGGGCUAUGAUCAAGAUUUCAAGAAAAGUCCUGCCCGUGUGGAUAUUGUUAAUGAUUGGCGACGAGAAGAUAGAUUUGCGAAUGGAAGGAGAUCUGAUGAUGGGAAAAUUUCUGAUGUUGGUUCCAAGGUUGAAGGUAGGUCUCCUGAUAACCGAAGAGAUCCAGAUAUCUCUAGCCCACCAGUAGUUAGACCCGUUAGGGAUAUACUGGGAGAUAGUGUUUCUCCUCUUCGGGUUAUAGAACCUCCAAAAGCCAACGGCUCAAGGCCAGCAGAUGGUUCCUUUAAAACACAGAGAACUGCUUCUUCAAGUAGUUUAGCAUCUUCUAAUGGGAAUCCAACUGAACUUAGAAGAGAAAGUUCAUUAAUUGAUUUUGAUGCUGAUCCUGAACCUUCUUCAACUGCUCCUGUGCCACAAACACAACAUACUGCUCCUGCUGCUGCUGCUGCUCCUGUUCCUGCUCCUAUUCCUGCUACGUUUGUGGCACAACCAUCAAUAUCAGCAAAUGAUAACUGGGCAAGCUUUGAUGCAUCACCAGUAAUAAAAGCUUCUCAAGCUCCUUCAAGUGCUAACUUGCUUGACAUGCUUUCUGAUUUAUCAGUUCCUGCAUCUGCCAACAACCCAGUAAGUUCAGGUGUACAAGUGUCACCCUUUGGCUCAAUGGCUCCUGCUGUUACACCAACACCAGCACCAACAUCGGCACCAACGUCAUUUGAUGCCUUUGGCAGCUUUGCUAGUGGAAGCCAAUGGCAAAAUGUGCAUCCUCAGCAAAAUCUCCCCCCUGCUAGUGGUGGCCAACCUCCUACUUCAUCAGUGAAUCAGCCAUGGGGUGGAGAUACCAAUGUACCUUCUAGUGCACCAAAAGCAGAUUCUCAAGUUGCAUCCGGCAUCGAUGCUAAACCUGCUGCUAAACAAGAACUACCAGCGGAUUUAUUUACUUCCAGCUAUUCACCCUACGCUGCUCAGGCCCCAAGUUGGUACCCUGCUCCACAAUAUGGCAUGGGAUACAAUAUGCAGUAUAAUGUUCAGCAACACAUGCCGCCACCUUUUGUACAGCCAUCACAGUCGUCAAAUCCAUUUGAUAUCAAUGAUUCACCAACAGUUCAAGCUACAACAUUCCCUUCACUGGUGCCGUUACAAAAUGCUUUACCAAAUAUGGCACCGCCAUCAGGCAUGCAUCAAACCUCGAACCUGGGUACUCCAGCACCAACAUGGAUGCCACACCAAUCAUCUCAUCCUUUAGCAAUGCCAACCCAGGGGCCAUCAUAUGGAUCAUCGAUGUCUAAUGCUCCGUUCAUGGGACAAGUACCGCAGAACAUCUCCACUCAACCCAGGCCACAAGUAGCAAGUUUUGGAUAUGACAUGACAUCUUUUGGUUCUUUGAAUGCAAAUCAACAACAGAGUGGAGUGUAUGCUGCUCCUACUGGUACAUCGAACACCUUCUCUUCUAAUCCUUUUGGGUAAGUCACAGCCAGCUUCUUGCUAUAGCUAAUGGAUCAGGCAGUAUGCAAAUGGUCUAAUUAUUUGCACCUUAAUCAUCGAAGGGAAAAGACUUCUUUUGGUGGGUUUCUUGUUGUAGAUUGUGUCUAGCGACGAUGCCAAUUGAUUAAAUCGUAGGUGCUGUUUUUUGGGUAAGUUAAAGGUUGUAUGUAAAAAUGUAUGGGGAAAACAAACAAAAGUGGGAGAAAAUGGACGAUGAUGAAAAUAUGGAUGAAGUUCUAAGAUUUUUGCUUUUUUGGUGAUAUGGUUUGCUUCUGUUGAUGCUCCCAUCAUAAAUUGUAUUAUUGUUACUAGAUGCGAUUUAUAUUAAUUAUUGUUUGUAUGGUAUAUUGGGUGGGAAUGUAGUGAUCUUUAUUAUAUAUUUUCAUUUUUGUAUAUUUUUUGUUUGGCCCAAGUGACCUUGUAAUGUUGUGAGCUCGGUAAUUAUAGGAUACUAUAAGCUGUAUAAUUCCAAUUUCCAAGUUGUAAUUCCGGGCUUCUAGUUUUGGUAUAGAUAGCGGUAUCUGUAUUCUGUAAUGAUUUUGGAUAUACAAAUAAAACGUUUGGUUCAUAUUGA